AUGACGAGCCAGGCCGAGGAUGACGAGGGGGAUCAUGACGUGCUUGAAACGAAGAGGCCACGGAAGAGGAAAAGCAUUCCGGACUUUGUAGAAAAUGACACUUCUGAAUCUGACCAGGAAAGCAACAGAGGUGUAACCGUAUCAGGUGUCCCUAAGCCUCCAGCCAAGCUGCCUCCCCCGCUUACUGCAGACAUGACUCAAGAGGCAGAAAGGGGUGCCUCCAGGUCCAGGUCUAGGUCUCGCUCCAACAGACGCCCGUCCAGCCCUUGCUCCACCAGCCGCCCGUCCAGGUCUCCCACCAGGCACCCGUCCACACCUCGCUCUACCAGACGCCGACCCAGCCCUCGCUCUACCAGGCGCCCGCCCAGCCCUCUCUACACCAGGCGCCUGUCCGGAUCUCCUACCAGCCGCCCGUACAGAUCUCCUGCCAGCCGCCCGUCCAGGUCUCCCAACAGGCGCCUGUCCACCCCUCGUUCCGGCAGAUGCCCACCCAGCCCUCUCUACACCAGUCGCCCGUCCAGGUCUCCUGCCAGCCGCCCGUUCAGCCCUCUCUACACCAGCCACCCAGCCAGGUCUCCCUCCGUCAGGCACCCGUCCACGUCUCACUCCGUCAGGCACCCGUCCACGUCUCACUCCGCCAGGCACCCGUCCACGUCUCACUCCGCCAGGCACCCGUCCAGGUCUCCCUCCGCCAGGCGCCCGUCCAGGUCUCCCUCCGCCAGGCGCCCGUCCAGGUCUCCCUCCGCCAGGCGCCCGUCCACGUCUCCCUCCGCCAGGCACCCGUCCACGUCUCACUCCGCCAGGCACCCGUCCACGUCUCACUCCGCCAGGCACCCGUCCACGUCUCACUCCGCCAGGCACCCGUCCACGUCUCACUCCGCCAGGCACCCGUCCACGUCUCACUCCGCCAGGCGCGCGUCCAGGUCUCCCUCUGCCAGGCGCGCGUCCAGGUCUCCCUCCGCCAGGCACCUGUCCACGUCUCACUCAGUCAGGCACCCGUCCUCGUCUCGCUAUGCCAGAUUUGAUGUCAGAACCUGGACGUUCCCCUUGCCUCAGGAGGUGUUUCAGAAAAAGGUUUUAAAAUUGCUCCUUGAGCUCCGGGAUAAGGAGUCUCAGCAAACGUCAGCACAUGUCGGUAACAUCGUCAGGAUGGAGACCAUGGAGCAAUUUGAUAUGGAGGAGGAGAAGCUCAUUGACAACAGCGACUAUGAACGCAUGGUGCAGCGUCUGGCGAGAGUGGGAGGAAGGGACGGUAAGGAGUGUGUCCGGAAAGUCCUUGACAGGUAUGUUUCAGGAGUGGAACUUAAACAUUUUCCCCACCAGUCACUGUGGCAGGUAGAUUCUAAAAUCUAC